GGGGAGCUCACCAUUGAAAGCUUGACUAAUGCUGUGCCUGUGGGUAUUUAUGUCUUGAAGAAGCAGUUAUGUCUUAAGUCUUUGGUUUUGAAAUGGAAUGAACUGCAUUACAGUUGCUACUCUUCUUCUACUAAUAAAGAUGAAGAGAUCCUGGAAAAGCUCUGCCCACACCCUAAUCUAAAAAAGUUGGAGAUACACCAUUACGGAGGCUUAAAGCUUCCCAACUGGUUGUCCAUCACGAAUCUGGUGGAGAUAUCAUUAGCAGGUUGCUGGAGUUGUGAGUAUCUUCCAUCAUUGCAUAAAAUCCCAUCUCUAAAGAAGCUCCACAUUCUGAAUUGUCCGAAUCUAAUGGGCAUUAAUAUAGAGAACGCGGAAGAGGAGUGGCCAUGUUUCCCAUGUCUUUCUCACUUGGAAAUACUCAACUGCCCAAACCUGACUUGCAUGCCUCUCUUCCCAACCAUUGAACAAAAAUUGUUCCUGCAGAGAACCAGCUCACAAGCAUUGGUCCGGACAAUGAUAAAGAAGAUAGCCCCCGAUACAGAGGAACGUAUGUCCUCUUUUUAUACUUGGCCUCCACUCUCCAAGUUGACACAUUUGAGACUCGAAGGGAUUGAUGACUUGGAAUCUCUGCCAGAAGAAGGCAUGCGCAUCCUCACUUCCCUUCAGGAGCUUCUUAUUUCUGAAUGUCCGAGGCUAGCAUCUUUGCCUCAAGCGGUGAAACACCUCCCCUCCUUACAAACAUCAAACAUUCGGGGAUGUCCGCAGUUGACAACAGAAAGAUGCAGAGAGGACGAGGGUGUAGAUCUCAUCAGUUUGGGCGUCCCGGUAACCUCCGUGGAUUCAGACGAGGAGCUUCGUCUGCUACAUUUAGCUGCGGUGAGAAAGCCAGAGAGAGUGAGUGAAGAUGGACUCUUGGGAGCAUUGUAAUGUCAAGUUGUGCAAAUAGAUUUUGUACCAUCCUCCAAACGAAUUCUAAAUGAUCAGACAAGGGUUGAUCUGGUUAUUAUGGAUUCGGAUAAAGAGGCUCUGAUACCAUGUUAUGACAACGUUUCCGACGUUUCAGCAGAACUUGGACAUCUGAUACCGGACACAACAUGACUCCGACGCGGCCUGAGCCCAGGCCGAGUCCAGACAGUAGCCGCGAAUGACGUGGCUCGCAUUCCGCGCGCACUCCAUGCACUGAAGAUCGUCGAGGCCAUCGUGUGCGCAACCCGCGUACAUGAAGAAUGCGGUCCCCUCUUGGCCGUUACCGAUGCGGUAAGUCCUGCUCUCUUCGCAGGCGUCGAAGGAAGACGAUUGAAGCGCCUCGGCCAGCUUAUCCUCGGCGUAGGUCAGCACGUCAGCUUGCAGGUUGGGCGACGGCGGUAGCGUUUGGUUGCUGCAAGCAAAGUUGUAAAGGCCGUUCUGCCCACCAGCAACGCACACUUGAUCUUUCGGAUCAGCGUAGCUGGUGGCAAAGAGGAUGGUCAUGGUCGUUAGCAUGAGAUCAAGUCGCACCAGAAUUGAUAUUGACGCCAUUUUUACUUCUUCUUUCUUUCUGAUGUGAACAAUGUGCAUGGGGUUGGGUUUAUUUAUAUAUGUAGAGGCUGCACGGCCGUGGCACCAUGGCGAUAGACGUUGAGAAGGGAAAGGACGGGAUAUGGAGGGAAAGCCCGAGGGUUUUCUGUUUGUAAACAAUGCAAGUAAGACUUACGUGACAUGUUCUUCUUUCC